GCUCGAUAACAUCAUUUAUUACUAUACCGAUAUUUGUGACUAUUUUUACAUGAUUUUUAUAUAAAACAUAAUUGUAUCCUUUUACGUAUAAUAUAUUUCUAUAUUUUUUGGUUAUCAUCAUUUUAAAAGAAAUUAAUUAGUAGUAGGUUACAUUUCAAAUUUUAACAACGUUUCUAUAGAAACCACUUUUACUGAUUCAGUCGUGUAGGUAUAGAUCAAACCGCGAAUCAGCCGCUUUAAAGAAGUAGUGUUCAGUUUUUGAAGCAGAUUAGAAAUUUUCAAAAUUUUAAAUCAAAAUGUCAAAUAAACACGUGCCUAUAGUGGUCCCCCCGCCUCCAUUGAAAUUUACUUUAAAUGAAUGGCAUCUUACCAAUCGUUACAGGUACCGAUGUUCUGAAGCGCAACAAGAAUUAGCGGAACAGCUCAUUAGUGAAUCGCAAAGGGUAUGCGAAUCGACUACUGAAAAAGUACGAAAUAACAAAGAAGAAACUGACUAUAGAAUCAAAGAAAAAGUAGAGGAUAUCGAGUUUCGCAAAAAAGAAUUAUUACGCAUAAGAAAGGAAGUCCUUCUUGAAACUGAUGCUCUACUGAUAUACAAGGAACGUAUCAUGGACGCUUUAUCGUCCGUAAAGAGAAAUGCUCUAGUUAUUUGCGAAAAAUGUCUUAUUUUUAGAGAGCAUAGAUUAGGAAUUGACUUAGUUCGCGACGACGUUGAGAAAGAAUUGUUGAAAGAAUGCGAGGUGAUUAAGGGUGCUGAAAAUCUAUUGAUGCGAAUUUUAGAACAAACCCAGGAACAAAUACGGCGGUUAAAAGCGACGCUUUAUUAUAUGGACCAUGAGUUAGAAGAUAAGGACAAUAAUUUACGUAUUGACAGACACAAUCUAACUUUGAAAGAGAAUAGCUUAAAUUUAAGUAUUUAUCAUGGCACUUCACGACUCGACCCAUCAACUAUAGAGUUGAAUGAAUGGGAAAUGCAAACGAAUAACAAUAUCAUUGCCGCUUCGAAGGAAGUGAACAGCGCUAGACCAAUGCGGUGUUAUAUUGAUACGGCUAUUAGGCAGGUAGUCGACGAUUUAAACGAGCAAAAGAAUAUUACCGAUGAUGCUUUUAGACGACGCAUUGAAGAAACAAAGGAAACUAAAAUAAAGUUGGAAUUACAGCAUUCUGAGAUAAUGCGACAAGCAAACGAAAUGACACAGAAUAUCACACGCAUAGAAAAAUCAAUCGCGGAAAAGGAAAGAUAUUUAGCCUUAGCGCAUACGAGACUUGGAAACCGCUGUCAACGGCCUGGUUUAGAACUUACGAGAGAUCUAGUUGAAAUUAACCUUGUUAAAGAAGUAUACGAUUUGCGUGAAGUUGUAUCAAAAUUACAAGCAACUUUAUUCGAGGCUCAGGCAUCACUGCGUUAUUUACUGAAAACUCAAAUUCAAAUAGAAGAAGAUAUCAAUGUUAAAAUGAACACGUUAAAAAUCGACGAAGUCGAUUGUAUGACACUUCGUCAAACUAUGGAUUAUCAUGCAUAUUAAAUUUAUUCAAGAAUUAAGUAUCCUACUCUACAUUUUGUAUGAAAUAAAUAUAUCAUGAUUGAAUCCCAAAAAAAUAUAAAGUGUAUUAUCUAUGUAUACACUAACUUUAUAUAAAUGACUUGAAUAUAAAUAUGUACUCGAUUGUAAUUCCCGCAAUUUCAGUAGCGCCAUCAACUUACUUUAGUUUAAAUCGAUAAUGUCGCAUGUGAC